UACUCAGAAUCCCAAGUCCUAGCGAUAAGAAUCCUCGGUAGAGAAUUGCAGAGUUAAACACUUAGACUAGGCGAGAGAGAAAUGAGGGUUUUAGGAGCAGAAACCUUUCGGCCUACAUAUAAUUCAAUCUCUACACUAACUUCAAUUCCUCACAAUUCAAACAUUUUCUCUCAUUUGCUUCCAAACAAAACUCUUACAACUACCUUCUUUUCUGCACUCUCUCUUUACUCAAAUGCCUUUUCAUCUUCAUCACAGGGUCGAAAUGGGUUUUCAAUUAAAGCUUCGAGGAAACCCAGAAAGAGUAAUACUAAUCAUCCUCUGCCGCUGGAUGUAGAAGGGUUUAUUGAUGAUGAAGAAGAAGAGGAUGAAGACGAAGAUAGUAUUGUUAUCCCAUUGGAAGGUAUGAGAAAAUGGGUUGAGAAUAAACCAAGUGGUUUUGGACAAGGUAAACAAUAUGACACUUCAAUUGAAGAUAAGCUCGCUGAAGAAAUUGAACAAAGUAGAAGAGCUCAGCUUGCUAAUAUUAAUAAACUUAAGAACAACCCUAUUAAUCCCAAUUCUAAGAAGGAAGUCAAAGGAGCACCUGAAGUUCAACCGAGUGGAAUUCGUGUACGUCUAAGUAAUCUUCCAAGGAAAAAGAAUAUACAGAGAGAUCUGCAGUCGGCGUUUAAAGGGUUUGUGGGGAUUGUUAGUAUAAGUCCAGCAGUUUCUGGAAGCAAAAAGACUAGGGAGCCUAUAUGCAAAGGUUUCGCGUUUGUUUAUUUUACAUCUGAGGAAGCUGCGAAUAGGUUUAUACAGACAUACUCCAAACAACUUUUAACUUUCGGUAAGAUUCAAAAGCAGGUGACCUGUGAGAUGGUAAAUUCUAGGGAGUCUUCCGAGUCUUCCCAACAAGGAAAAGCAGCUCCCAAAAAGCUUGAAACGCAGCAGACAAGUAACGUGACAAAUCUCAUAUCACUGGAUUCUGCUUCCAAAGAAGAGCUUCUAGCUUUCAGUAAGCAAGUGAUGGCAAAUUUAAGCAAGUCCUCUAAUUCCACUUCUAGAAAAGAACAUCCCACUUUAAGUAAGAAGGUAGUGGCCUAUGAGACGGCAAGUCCCAUUGAGUUCAUGGACUCCAAGGCUGAAUUUGCAACAGAUGAAAGUUACUCAUCUACUCCAGAAAUAAAGAUACCCAAUUUGGAAGAAAGCCCAGAGUCAGAUUCUGAGGAUUCCUUGGAUUCAUGGGAAGAUGCCUCCAUUGAUGAUCCCAUUGUCUUGGAUGAUCCGUCUGUAUCAGCAAACUGGGACGAAGAUGUUGAGGAGGGUAUGGAACAUGUAAACCACCCUUCAAGGCACGGUGAUGGGGAGCAAACACCAACACUGGUGACUAGUGCUUAUUCGUUGAGCUCCGAAAACGAAACAGCAGCAUCUUUAACUGAAGCUGAUUCUUUCUCCUCUAAAGAAAAGCUGAAGAAUCAGACAGACAAGAAAAAGAAAAAGCUCCCAGUUAAAGGGAAAACAGAGAAAACCCCAAAACUAAACGUACCAGGGUCAUCAAAGAGAUUGAAGACUAAGAAGAAAACUCUUCUAGCUGGUGUGCUUUCUAGAUAUGGAAAAGAAGCUUCCUUGGUUACACAAAAAUAGAGUUGCUUAGAACUCGCUGAAAUGCAAGAUCAUCAUUUCAGUCUUGUUGGUAGAAGUUGGAGAAUGAUAGUGAGCUGUGUUUUUCCGCCAGAAAACGGUAGAGCUGAUUGUAAUUUUAGGCGUAUCAAAUAGUUUUAUUCCCUUUUCAUCUCAGUACAUUAUCCUUUGGGGAAAUUUGCAUUUCCUGGGC